UCAGAGGCGUCUGCGGGGUGGUGCACGAGCCGGGCUUGGGACGGCCAUGAGUAAAGAAGGUGGCAAACCUGCCUGGCCCAAGCCAUCAAGAAGAUACCGGACUAUUACAGGUAGAAGAUAUGGAAGAAGGUAUUCCUAUGUUGGUUUUACUCCAUCUUUAAACAGCCAAGCCAGAGAUGAACAUCAACACAAUGAAGACUGGAAACAAUUAAAACUAGAGGGUAUUCAGAAAGCUAAUUCUUUAUGUAAUGGUCCACCAGUUCAAGUUUCUUCUUGUUUAUUAGGUGAGCGUUUGUUAGAAAAUACUGGAACUGGAGAACCUGUUUGUGAAAGUGUAUCAAGCCAAAUUUUGGAAGCAAACAUGUCACCAUUUUCUCUAUUCUCUUAUGGUCUGGAAGGCAACCAAAUCUCAGGGAACUUUAUGAAUCCUUACAGAAAUUUUGAGGGCCUUGCAGAAUAUGUGACUGCUGGGUGUAAUGAUUGGAAUGGUAAGAUUGGAAUUGCUUUUGUAAACAAGAACUCUUAUAAGCCAGAUGGUGGUGCUGGAGAAGAUCAUGCUCAAGGUGAAUUUUCUUUGGGACCAGAAGAAGCAGUUUUGUUCCAGGAAACAAGAAAUAAAAUAUAUUCCAAGUUUGAAAGAGGCAUAGAGUCUUCUACUGACCUACAGUCUCAGUUGUCCAGUCUCAAUCACGGUGUUCCUAGAGAGUGUUGUGAAGAAGCAGGACCAAUGCCUUUAAUGAAAUAUUUUAGCAUAGAUUCAGACUUGGCAUGUCCAAACAGCAGGACUUCUAAAACAUCUGAUGAAGAUCAAGGCAUACUGAAAAGUAAACCAAGAGAUGCAGUUCAUGAAGUACGGCAGAUAACAAGUAGAGAGAAUGUUGGAAUCCAAACCCCUAUAGCAAUUGCUAAUUAGUUACAUGUCAGUGAUGACCAAGGAAAUUCACUUGAACUAGUAGUGAGACCUAAAAUAAGAAAACAAAAUACUUCAAACCAGUUGGAGGGAGAGAGGCUGCCUUUUGAUGAUGAGGAAGGGGAAAUGAAAAGCUGGAGGAGAACUGAAACUGAUGAAGUUCAUCAAGAGUGUGCUGAAUGUGCCUUAAAUAGCAAAGAGAUAAGUUCUAGUAUGCUCUUUUGCUCAAGAGGGCAUGAAGGUCAUGAAAACAACACAGAAGUAAGGAAAAAUGCAGCAGCUCAAGAACAAAAAAAUGUUCUGGAAGAUAGUGCUUUUUGGGAUGGGCUUGAAGACUGCAGCAGGCACUUCUCAAUGUACCAUAAAGGUGAAGACAGCUCAGAGUGCAGUGAUGGAGAAUGGUCUGCAGCUGCACCUACAUACUUUACUGCUACAGGAAAAGACCACUCAAGUGAUGAGAGCUGUGAGAUUAUCCCAGGCAGGGAGAAAUGUGAGCCUGAAGUGCAGAGCAGCAGCAGCACUGGUGUAGAAGAGGAGAACAAAGACUGUCCUUCACAAGAAGGGCAGCAGAAGUUAUUGGAGGAAGGAGAGAUUCCCGUUUACAAUACCAGCAAGCAGAAAAUAUCAGUGAUGUGGAAACUACUUCAUGAUUUUGUGUUGGAUGGAAAUGACAACCUUGAGGAUGAUUGCAGUGAGAAUGCAGAUCUGAAUACGGAGCAGAGACCAUGUAUGGAGUCUGGUAAUGGCCUAGAACUUGCUCAAGCCGCUUCUAAUGCGAACCCUGUCACACUUGAGUCACUAGAGGAACGCCUACAAGAAGCUAUGGAAGUAUUAAAAUGUCAGGAACAUGCCUGGUUUGUCAUCAUGUGCUCACACCUGUGCCUCCUGAAACAGCUGCUGCUACUGUUUCUUUCCUACCUGGUCAUGACUUGACAUCUGCUCACAGUGUUACUG